AGAAAAAGAAGGGUCGGAAAAUCACUGCGACGAGAGAAAACUUCACUCUCUGAAAAUCACUUUGAUUCAUAACAAUGGCAACCAUCAAGGUCGUGAAGGCUCGUCAGAUCUUCGACAGCCGUGGAAAUCCCACCGUUGAAGUUGAUGUUACUCUUAGCGAUGGAAUCUUCGCCAGAGCCGCUGUGCCUAGCGGAGCUUCCACAGGUGUGUAUGAAGCUCUGGAAUUGAGAGAUGGAGGGUCAGACUACCUCGGGAAAGGUGUUCUCAAGGCUGUGGAGAAUGUGAAUAAAAUUAUAGCACCUGCUCUGCUUGGCAAGGACCCAACCAAGCAGACUGAAAUUGACAAUUUUAUGGUACAGCAGCUUGAUGGAACUGUUAAUGAGUGGGGGUGGUGCAAGCAGAAGCUUGGAGCCAAUGCUAUUUUGGCAGUGUCACUUGCUGUCUGUAAAGCAGGUGCUGCCGUGAAGAAAAUUCCUCUGUAUAAGCACAUUGCCGAACUGGCUGGCAACAAGACUUUGGUGCUGCCUGUACCUUCAUUCAAUGUUAUCAAUGGAGGCUCACAUGCAGGAAAUAAGCUAGCAAUGCAGGAAUUUAUGAUUCUCCCUGUUGGGGCAUCUUCUUUCAAAGAAGCAAUGAAAAUGGGUGUAGAAGUAUACCACCAUCUAAAGGCUGUGAUUAAAAAGAAGUAUGGACAAGAUGCUACCAACGUUGGUGAUGAAGGUGGCUUUGCUCCUAAUAUCCAGGAAAACAAGGAGGGUCUUGAGCUUCUGAAGACUGCCAUUGCCAAAGCUGGUUACACUGGAAAGGUAGUUAUUGGGAUGGAUGUUGCUGCUUCAGAAUUUUAUGGUAGCAAGGACAAAACAUAUGACUUGAAUUUUAAGGAAGAGAAUAAUGACGGGUCACAGAAAAUCUCAGGAGACAGCUUAAAGAAUGUGUACAAAUCAUUUGUGACAGAUUAUCCAAUUGUAUCCAUUGAGGAUCCAUUUGAUCAGGAUGACUGGCAGCACUAUGCAAAAUUAACAGCUGAAGUUGGCCAGCAAGUGCAGAUUGUUGGUGAUGAUCUCCUUGUCACAAACCCAAAGCGUGUGGAGAAAGCAAUUAAGGAGAAGGCUUGCAAUGCCCUUUUGUUGAAGGUGAAUCAAAUUGGUAGCGUAACUGAAAGUAUUGAAGCUGUGAGAAUGUCUAAGAAAGCUGGCUGGGGGGUUAUGGCUAGCCACCGGAGCGGUGAAACUGAAGAUACCUUCAUCGCUGACCUCUCAGUUGGUUUAGCAACUGGGCAGAUCAAGACUGGAGCUCCCUGCAGAUCUGAAAGGCUUGCUAAGUACAACCAGCUUCUUAGGAUUGAGGAGGAACUUGGUUCUGCUGCUGUCUAUGCUGGUUCCAAAUUCAGAGCCCCUGUGGAACCUUACUAAUGUGUAGCAGAAGUUCACUAAGCAGCGUUAAAAUAAGGUUCUGCUGAUGUUGACAGCAUUGGGACAUGUAUUUUUGUGCAAAUUAAGCUUUUCUUCUAUAAGCGAAAAUAGUUUUUGUUGAGCGUCGCAUUUUGAAAUGAGAGUAGGCCAGUAAACUAUAUAUUUGGUGUCUAUGGUUGGCUUGUUGGAUAAUUUUCUAAUACCAGUGCAAAUCCUGGAUUCUAUAUUUUCGUGC